GCCGGGCCGUGCCGGUGCUCACGUGCCCUCGCCCCGCGGGCGGGAGGGAGGAGCCGCCCGGGAGCGGGAAAACGCUCCACGCGGAUUGGAGGGAGGCUGCAGCCUGGCUGUUGCUGCCGGAGCUUUCUCGUGCCCGGCUGAACUCGGCAGCGCCGGGUAGCGCCUCGCCUCCGCCCCGCUCGCUGGGUUUCGUUUCUUAGGGGAGGCGCGCUGCCUGGAAGAGGAACUCGGCUGAAGCCAGAGGCGGGAACGCCGUCUCUCGCGGGGGCGCGCUCGCCGUGUUGCGGGUGCGGAGACGGAACGGCGGCCAUGGACAGCGCGGGCGGCAGGGGAGCGCGGGCCAGGCGGGAGACGCGUCCCGCAGCUCCGCGGGGCCGGGGCGCGGGGAAGGGCGCAGCUCGCAGCCCCGCGCGGGGCCGCGUCGCGGGUGAAUGCCCGAGCGGCGCCGCGACCCUCCGGGCCCCGCGGACGGACGGACCCCCCGCCCGGGGCGGCCGCCCGGCACGGCGAGCCCCCGCUGCCCGGGAGCUGCCCGCGGGCGCGGCGGCGGGCGGCGCAGAGGCGCUCCCCACCCCGCGGAGCAGAGCGCCGGCCGCCAGAGCCCCCGCGGCCCCGCGGAGCGUCCCGACGGUGCCCGACGGGGCACUCGCGGCCCCGGCCUGCCGCCCCCCGCCGGCGGUGGACGCCCUGCGACUCCGGGAGGUGCUGUCGCGGCUCAGCCUGACCCGCGGAGACGUGUCCGAGGCGGCGACUCUGGUGAACAGGGUGACCGCGCACCUGGUCCAGGCCAUCCGCGGCAAGGACGGCUGCUUCAGUUCCAUCGAGCGGCAGAGCGCCGGCAGCUACUACGAGCGCGUCAAGAUAUCUGAACCAAAUGAGUUUGACAUUAUGCUUGUAAUGCCCGUUGAAAGGAUUCAGCUGGACGAGUCUGAUGAUACUGGAGCUUAUUAUUAUGUAUCAUUCAAAAGAACUCCAAAAGAAAAGGGUUUUUUGAAGUUUUUAGAUGAAGAUGGAAAAUUAUCAGCCUUUAAAAUGCUUCAAACACUAAGAGAAAUUAUUAAACAGGAAGUAAAAAACAUUAAAGAUGUGGAAGUCACUGUGGCAAGGAAAAAGGUUGGAAGCCCUGCAAUAACUCUUCAGAUCAAGAAUCCUCCAUCAGAAAUAUCAGUGGACAUCAUCUUGACUUUGGAGGCUCAGCAUAGCUGGCCCCUCAGCACACAGGGUGGCCUCAAAAUUGAACAAUGGCUGGGAACAAAAGUCAAGAGAGAUAUGAGAUUUAGAUCACUUUAUUUAGUAGCCAAGCAAAACAAAAGAGAAAAAGUUCUAAGAGGAAACACCUGGCGGCUCUCCUUCUCGCAUAUUGAAAAGGACAUGAUAAACAACCACGGCAACUCAAAGACAUGUUGUGAAUCCGAUGGACCAAAGUGCUGUAGGAAAGGUUGUCUUAAGCUGCUGAAGUACCUUCUAGAGCAACUUAAAAUGAAACAUCCAAAAGAAUUGGAAAAAUUCUGUUCAUAUCAUGUCAAAACUGCUUUUUUCCACUCCUGUGUCACGUGGCCAAAUGACUCAGAGUGGCACUUGGGAGACCUGGAUCAUUGCUUUCAGCAAUGUCUGGAAUUUUUUGUGGGUUGUCUGCAAAAGUCUCAGCUGACUCACUUUUUUAUUCCCCAAUACAACUUGCUCAGCCUAGAAGAUAAAGCAAGACAUCAUUUCCUUUCAAGAAAAAUAAGCCAUGAAUUGAACAAUGGAUUCCCAGUAUUUCACGAGAAUUAUUAAGAACAUUGUUCACAAUAAUAUCAUGUAGACUUGCAUAUUUAAAACAAAAAAUUCUGCACCAUAAACUACUCUUCAAUAGUGUGGUACUACAAAAACCAAACCAGAAUAAAAUCAGGAACAUGAAGACAAAAAUGCAUGCUUUGGCCACACUGCUUAGCCAUAACUCUUAAAAGAAAUGUUUUAAGUAAUAUUUAUUUUGCCUAUCCAAAUGUAGAUAUCACCAUCAAAAUGUCUUCAAGGUAUACUAAGAACAUAUAGAAGAAUUCGGAAUAGUUCAUUUCCCAUGUGUAAUUUCUAUAUUUCCAAAUACAAAGGCAUCAAUGACUGCAUAACAGAAAAAAUGACAAUUUUAUUUAAAACUAAGAUGCAAUACAGAAUAUCCAAAAUACACUCCUGCUUUCAAAAGGAAAAAAGUCACUGGAGUUACUUCAACAUUAACCAGAACAACUUCUCCAGAUCACCUGUGUGGAUGAAGAUCUUUUGCAGAGGACAAUCACAAGCAACAGUUAGCAGAGAGAGAAUAUUUUAUCAGAGUAAUAUGAAGUUUCUGAAGUAACUUAUCCUUUCUGAGUCUUCAGAAUUGCUUUAGAAAUCAGUCUUUUCACUGGGCUUUGAAGCAGUCGUUACCUAAUAACGCUGCAACAGAGUAGAUGUUAUUGUGCCAAUGAGCAUUUAUUUGUAUGAUGAAUCAUGUAGAAAGAAAUGCAUCUUUCAACCUGUAUCAAAGAGGAAGACUCUUGAUAUAAAAGGUUAUCAAAACCAAAAUGCAGCAUGAAUUGGACACUCUUGAAAUUGAAAUUCAUAUCCAUUUUUCUCAGGCUGAAGUAAUGUGUGUGAGGAAAAAAAAAGUAGUUUUAAUAUUUCCUAUUACUAAAAUUGUGCAGGUGAGAAGUACACAGCAUUUGGGAACUGCUGUGCUGCAAAUAAAUAGAUCUUUUGCUUUGACUUAUAGAAGCCAUGGGAAGUCCAUAUUUUUAGCCUACUUUUUGAAGGCAAAAUAACCUAUUGGCUUGAAUAAUGCCCAGAUUUACCUCAAUUAUGAGCAAAUUAAGAGGGAAGAAUAUUUAGAGAGUAAUUUUACUAAAUUAUUCUCAUUUUUCUGAGUUUUGUUUAUUAGUUUUUAUUUAAUCAUAUGACACAUAAAUAAGCACAAGUUCAGACCAAGCAUUGAAUGAAGGAAUAACUCCUUCCCAUAUAAAUUUCUAAGAGUAGAAAACAUAUCCCGUUAUCACUGGGAGUCUGUGUGACAGAACCUGACAUCCAAAUGUAAAGUGUGAAUCAACUUUACCUGGAAGAAAUAAAAGCUGGCCUUUGAAUGUA